AUGACUGAUUCAGUCCUCGUGGGGUAUGGGCCACCACUGACGAGUCCGCGCUUCCAGGCAGCCGCGUACCGCAUCCAGAUGCCUGUGGAGGUGCACACGCACGGCUCACGCUGCGAGGUCGACGAAGCCCCGACAAGUGUUGAUGGCGUGUACAAGGGUGGACAGGUGCAGCAGAGCACGGUCUGCGCGGUGUUCGCGGCCCAACAGGUUCACCGGCACUCGCACCGCUCCCUCAGCGCGUAUGCCUGGUACCUGGUCGCCGGUGCGAAUCUUGAAGAACAGCGGCCGGUCCUCGGAGAUUCAGGCCAGCUGAGGUGUGGUAAGUGCCCAGACGCCGCCAGGCCAGAUAGCAGUAGCCGUCCGCGCAAGAAUUGGGGCGUUUGGCGAGGUUGGAGACCGGCAGGAGGGUGGUCGACAGAGGACGGCUUUUAG